GCCGGCAGGCAGGCAGGCACACGGAGUUGCAGGCGGGUGGCGGCGGCAGUGCUUGCAGUGAGGGCGGGAGCAAGUGAGGCGCUGAGCGUGUGUGAGGGAGGGAAGGAGGGAGCAGCCCGCGCCGGCUGCCCGCAGCACCAGUCAGGCCCCGCCGCCCCCCGCAGCCCUGCGCCGAGGCCGGGCCGAGCUGAGCUGGGUCGGGCCCGGGCCAUGCUGCUCACGGUGUACUGUGUGCGGAGGGACCUCUCCGAGGUGACCUUUUCCCUCCAGGUCGACGCCGACUUCGAGCUGCACAACUUCCGCGCUCUGUGCGAGCUCGAGUCCGGCAUCCCUGCAGCCGAGAGCCAGAUUGUCUAUGCUGAAAGACCUCUUACAGACAACCACAGAUCACUGGCCUCUUACGGCUUGAAAGAUGGGGACGUUGUGAUUUUACGACAGAAGGAGAAUGCAGACUCUCGACCUCCAGUACCGUUCCCAAACUUACCCCGAAUAGACUUCCGUAGUAUAGCUGUGCCUGGCACGUCAGGCUCCCGGCAGCGCCAGCCACCCGGAGCACAGCAGUCCCACUCAUCUCCUGGAGAGAUAGCUUCAUCUCCUCAGGGCUUGGACAACCCAGCCUUGCUCCGAGACAUGUUGCUGGCCAACCCCCAUGAGCUGUCCUUGCUGAAGGAACGCAAUCCACCCCUGGCAGAUGCUCUGCUCAGUGGAGACCUUGAGAAAUUUUCUAGGGUCCUUGUUGAGCAGCAGCAGGACCGAGCCCGGAGAGAGCAAGAGAGGAUUCGCCUCUUUUCUGCCGACCCUUUUGAUCUUGAAGCUCAGGCAAAGAUAGAAGAAGAUAUAAGGCAGCAGAACAUUGAGGAAAAUAUGACAAUAGCUAUGGAAGAGGCUCCGGAAAGUUUUGGCCAAGUAGUGAUGCUUUAUAUUAACUGCAAAGUGAAUGGACAUCCUGUGAAAGCCUUUGUUGACUCAGGUGCCCAGAUGACUAUUAUGAGCCAAGCUUGCGCAGAAAGGUGUAAUAUAAUGAGGCUGGUGGACCGCCGGUGGGCAGGGAUUGCCAAAGGAGUGGGCACCCAGAAGAUUAUUGGAAGGGUACAUCUAGCUCAGGUUCAAAUUGAAGGUGAUUUCCUGGCGUGUUCCUUCUCUAUACUUGAGGAACAGCCCAUGGACAUGCUGCUGGGACUGGACAUGCUCAAACGGCAUCAGUGUUCCAUUGACCUCAAGAAAAAUGUCCUCGUGAUCGGCACCACUGGCUCCCAGACCACCUUCCUUCCUGAAGGAGAGCUGCCAGAAUGUGCCCGGUUGGCAUAUGGGGCUGGUGGGCGAGAGGACGUGCGGCCAGAGGAGAUUGCAGACCAGGAAUUAGCAGAAGCCCUUCAGAAAUCUGUAGAGGAUGCAGAGAAAAGCGGUAAAGAAACUACCUCACUGGGAAUGUCAUCGUUACCAACUUCAGAUGGAUUUAACCAUCCAGCCCAUCCUUCAGGACAAAGUCCUAAGAUUGGUAAUCCUAUGAGUCUCGCUCACUCUGUCUCUGCUUCAGUCUGCCCUAUCGAGCCCAGUGACCCAGACAGCACCAGAACACAAGCUGUGAAGGCUUCAAAGGCUUCGGCUGGAUUCCAGAUAACCUCUGAAAAGAAAGAACAUCUUCCUGUGCAGGAUUUUUCUGAUCGUGCUUCUUCAGCAGACGGUGCUCCAGCAGACCGGAGUCCAGCUAUGCCUUUGCCGAAUGCAUCUGAAGAAGCUCUUGUUGUCGAUCAUCUGGAGAAAUUGCCUGCUGACAGAAGCAGCCAGGGCCUCAAAUCUCUUCUCCAUGCAAGACAGGAAGCUAGUUUAUCUGUCACCACUAGUAGGACGCAAGAACCCCAGAGGUUUCUAGGUGAAAAGGGUUGGCAUCCAGAAAAUCAGAACCUGAGUCAAGUGAAUGGCCUUCAGCAGCACAAAGAACCAGGGAACGAACGGCAUAAGGUUGUGCAACAGACCACUUCAUGUGACCGAGAACAUCUUUGUAACACAGGGGACCUUCAGCCUCUUGAAGAAAGGCAACAGCAUCAACAAAAAAGUGUUGAUUUGGAAGCUGUUAUGAAAGGAGACAGGCUACAGCAGAACGUGGACCUUCCAGGUACAGAGAAAAAUAUUCUACCUUCAGGGUGCUUUGCCUGCUCGAACUUGGAAACGCUGAUGGAAGUCGAUACAGUUGAACAGUCCCUGGUUGCUGUGCUCAAUUCAGCAGGCAGUCAGAAUGCCAGUAUCGAGAGCGUGGGUACAUCUGGUGUCGCCCUAGAUAAUCCCCCAAUGGAAGUGGAAACAUCAAAAUGUAACCCUUCAUCUGAAAUUUUGAGUAAUUCCACUUUGCCUCAGGAUUUGCGGCUCCUAGAAAGCAACGAUGAAAUGUCUGAAACAAAUAAAGAAUAUGGGAAUCCUUCCCCCUCUUUAGGUCUUUGUGGCAGUUGUCAGCCCUCUGUGGAGUCAGCAGAGGAAUCUUGCUCAUCUAUAACAGCAGCCUUGAAGGAACUUCAUGAACUUUUGGUUGUUAGCAAACCAGCUUCAGAUAAUACAACUGAAGAAGUGACCUGUCAGUCUGAAGCAGUGACCGAGGGCCACAUAGCUAUUAGGGACCUUUCUGAGAGAUGGACCCCAAAUGAUCUUGGAGCUGCCCAGAAUGAACGGUGUUCACGAGUCUCCUUUCAUCAGGCUGUAUCUGUAGCAGUGAAGACAGGAAAAGUCACAGACACUUCAGCUGCUGCUGGAGUAGAUGACCUAGAAAAUACUAACUUCAGGGGUCUAAGUGAUGGCCUGUUAACUGAUAGGGAAAGUGUCCCCAAAUCGAGGGAAUCAACACAUGAGAGCAGUUCUGUCACUGUAGCCUCAGCCAAAACGUCUGAUCAAUUACACUGCACCUUAGGUGCAGAGAUUUCACCCGAACUUUUAGCAGGUGAGGAGCAUGCACUCGAUCAGACUUCUGAGCAGACCAAGUCCUUGUCAUCCAGUUUCAUACUGAUUAAAGAUUUGGGUCAGGGCAUGCAGAACCCAGCGACAAAUAUGCCUGAGACUAGAGAAGAUGACUGCCCUGAAGCUACAGGGCCACUUCUUGAAUUUGAACCACCUACCAGCCAUCUAUCAAGUCCCUCCAUUCUUCCACCACCAUUAGUUUUUCCUGCUGCAGACAUUGACCGGAUUCUCCGUGCCGGUUUUACUCUGCAGGAAGCUCUUGGGGCGUUGCAUCGAGUUGGUGGAAAUGCAGACCUUGCACUUCUUGUUUUGCUAGCAAAGAACAUUGUAGUUCCUACAUAACUAUGGAAAAGUGGGCUUAGACCAUACUCCAUUCCCUGAGAAAGCUACACACACACGCACACACACACAGUCACUCACUCACCAAGUGAACAAUAUAUGUAGAAAACUGCAAGCAGAAUGUUGAGCCAGAUUUUUUUUAAAGAUUUUUUUCGGCCAAAGUAACUUACAAUCUCUUGUCUGAUGAAUUUGUCUAUUCUAUUUGUUAAAAUUUGGGCCUUUUUAAAUGUGUUGGCAGUAUGUGCAUACAAAAGCUUUUUAUUAUUAAGAUGAUGUAUUCUGGAAUAAAACUGAUGGUUUCGUGUAUAGCAUACCAUUUUAGAAUGAGAGUGGAUGUUUUUAAAAAGAAGCCAUGAGAAACCCCAUCACCCGUGCAGCUAAAAGGCAGGUCAGCUUCCCAUUUUGGCUCUCCUGUAGCGGGGUGUGGCUUGCUGGCUCAGUUGUCAGUUGACAAGCUUGAUCCUGUGGUUUGGUGUUUGGAUUUAACACUUAGUGUUCUGUGCAUUAUGGUUCAUGAGUUAUCACAGGAAUUGAAGGAUAAUUGAGUACUGUCUGCUAGAGUGGUACUGUUCUAUCAUGUGGUUAGGAUUUGACAUUUUAGUGGGAUGAGUUGGGAGGGGUUAAAACUUAGGCUACUUUGUACAUCACAGAUUGCUGCAUGGAUUGCCAAAUACUUUGGGUGGAAUGUUGUGAGGGAAUUCACAUUAGAGUGAAACAUGGUGCUACCCAGAUAAAAAAGGGGGAAAAAAACCCUGUAAUUCCAUUUGCAAAUGUCCUGGUGAUGUUUUAAGAACUGUGAGUGAAAAAUAAUGGCCUAAACACUGGAAUUUACUAGAGAUUCGGUUUGCUAGCAUCUCACUGAUCACACCUCAACCUUUAAUGACAAAUAAGGAGCUUAAAAUUCAGCUAAUGGGUUGAUUGCCAGACUUUAUUUCCUUUCAAAACUCAUCUUCUAGGAAGUUCUUCUAAGGCUCAGAUUGCCCUGUGAUCUGAGUGGAACACCCAAGUGUGGCGACCUAGUGAGUGCUCCAUUGUGGUGCUCGGGGUAUGGCCGUCUAUUUGGUGAGUGUCCUUCAUGGCAGUGGAUAUUAGCGAUUGCAGUUUCUGACUCAAGUGGCCUUGGUAGAGUUUUCCAUCCCUUUCUUUCCUCAGGAGUUUCUUUUUAAAGCAAGAUUUGUCAUGUUUGUGUUUACCAUGUCAAGUUAAGAGUGGGGCAUAGUAUAUAGAUGUAUUUAUUGUGGCCUUUAUAUGAGGACUAGCCCUUGGAAAUCAUUGUCCUGUGGGCCCCACUGUGCAAUAAUCCUAUUGGAUAGAUAAUAAGUAAUUUUUUUUCCUGGAAAAUAAACUCUUACAUAGCUACCAGGAAGCUGAAAUCUUGGUUUUAUUGAAAAAGAUUUUGAGAGUGAUAAUUCCUGAUUCCAGGUCAUAGUUUGCAUUGUGUUUGAAGCACAGCUUUGAAGGGGUGAUCUGUGAACCUAGUGUUAAAUGAUUUUGUCUAACGUCUUACUCUCUUUGAAAGCAUAUCCCUUCCAUCAAAAUUCAAGUCAUUGAGCACAAUCAAAACAGAGGCUCAUAUCUCAGGAGUUUUUGAAGUUUUAAUCUGGGGGCACUUACAGACAUUUCUACCCUAUUCCAUCUUCCUUUUUGCAAUGAUGUUUGUAUGUGUUUUAUGAGACUUAAAAGUGGUGUGAUGUCAUGUAGAUUCAUCACAAUCCUCUUAAGUUAGGAAAUGGUUGACGGAAGGAAGGAGUUGAAGUUUACCAUUUUCAGGAGGGUGCUCAGAACAGCUGGUCAGCCAGAUUGUCUUUAAAAUGUUGUUUUAGACAAUCACGUGUUGUGGACCCUUUUGCCUGUCCUACACCAAAGAUGUCAGAUGCACUAGGAUACCGCCUAAUAGCAUUUCUGUCAACUGACUGUUAGAGCUAUGACUGUAAUUAAAUAGUUGGUGCUAUGAUUGAAGCAAUGUAGUAGCAAUGCAGUGGGCCCCUGUAUUUGCUUUAUGGGUGGUGAUUGGGAAUUUAUUCUAAACUUACAAAUCUUUAAGGGUCACAGAGUGGGCUGGUGUGGGGUGGGGGAACUUAUCAGUGACAGUAGACUGCUCCCAAAAGGUCUUCCGUGUGAAGAAGGCCUCAUGGUUUUCUGUCUGAACAGUAUCGCACACUGCUCAGAGGUUUGGCCACUGAAUUUUCACCUUGUGGAGGUUUGGGAAUCAAUCCCAGGUGGAAUACAGAAUAUCAGUCCAGAAAAGGUUUUAUCAAGAUAGCUUUUUAUGUGUGUAUAUGUAUAUUUAUUUUUUGGAGAAAAUUGAAUAGGCCUAUAGUCAUACAUGUAUUCUUGUUAGGAAUACUUUGAGCUUAACCCACUUGCCAAAUGUCUUCUGUUUUAUCAUUUCAAUGUAUAAUUGCGUUUGAUUUUUAAAAUCUUAUUUCCUGUCCAUUGUUUGUGUGAAAGUAAAGCUGUUGGCAUUAUUAGGAUUUUGAAUCAUUUUUAAAUUUAGCAGUUCUAAAACAAAGGGAAUUAAGGAACAUGACACUAGUGAACCUUCAUUGUCAAUUUUUAUUCAAAAUACAGAAAUCAGAGAUAACUUCCCCCAAAAUAAGAUAAAAUUAUUGUGAACUCCUCCAGUUGCCAACAGAACUGGUACCAGCUGGCCAUAAACAGUAGUGGGCACCUUUACUGGACAGCCUCUUCCAUAACCAGUAACGGACAGCUCUGUUGUCCCCACCUACCUCCGAGGGCGGUCUCUGGGUGUUCACCAAAGAGAGGAGAUUUUCCUGUAUGACUUCUGCAGUUUCCCUUGCGUUGGUUCCUGUGUGUAAAAAUGUGCUUGGUAAGCAAGACAGCUGUACCUAGACUAUAGAUUUUCCCAUUGAAGCUAGUAAGAAUUACUCCCAUUUGCACCUGUUUAGGCCUCCAGACAUCAGCCAGUAGCCUUCCUCCCACAUUUGGGCUUUAGCCAUUAACAUAUAAAGAGUACAGUUGCUUAGCAAAGGAAACCGGACAGAUGGUGAGAGUGUUAAAACUAUUCCGCCUUCCAACCUAUGAAACUUUCUAGAGCUCCUUAUCUCCAUAUGUACUCAAGGGAGACAGAGCCCAUGUUUUUUCCCAAAGUAUUUCUCCAGCAAGAGGGUUGCAUAAAAAUGGAAAGAUACAUACGAGACUGUGUCACUGGUUUUAUGAUAACCAGUAAAGUGCAAUCUGCCUAUUCCCUUGGCACAGCUUUCUAUCUCUAGUAAAAGCCAUAAAAAUUUAGUUGGUUUAACCAUAAGCUUAUGUGUAUAUAAAUGUGUGAUAGACAAAUAUCCUACAGUUAAUUUUACAUAGAUUAAAAGGCAAAUAAAUUUUAUAUAUACAGAUAUAUUCUUCACAACAUAUGGAAAACAGCCUUCCAAAUAACUAGCCUGGACAGUUGCAGUUCAUUCUGAUUUCCUUUUACUACCUGUUUGUCACCUACAGUGAGGUCAGCAGGAUAACUGAACUGCUAGAUUUUUCAAACUUGUUGUCACUGGUGACAUAUCCUAAGAGAAGUUGAACGGGAUUAUGCAUUCUGCCAUUCUGCAGCACAAGUCCCAAAAGCCUGUUUCUCUUUGGAAUUUGGUGACUUUAAAUAUAGUCUGUGGCUGAACUGGAAAAACAGUUACCAAGAGUUUCUCUUCCUACAUGAUAAAUGUUACCUUUCGUGUUAGGAGUUCCAUAAAAUAAAAAUAGCUCUUUCCCUGAAAGAAUUAAAAAUACCAAUUCCUCGUCACCAAGUAAAUUCAAAGCAUGCCCUUACGAACUGGAAAUGUAACCAUGGCUCAAGUUCUGUUCUUAGCGGCCCCUCAGCAGCAGCUCAUCAAAUGAACUAAAGAAUUUAGGGGUGAACCUUUGAUGUACUUGGUUUUCUCUUGUGCCUUAGUUUUGCCAAAUAGCACAGGCAUCAGAUUUUGCUAGGGAGUGAAAGUGGAAGUAUCGGGGAAGUUUGAAAACAGCCCUCCUGAGGGUAGAGGGCCUGCAGGAAGUGGUCCUGAGGCCUCCCUGUAUUAUUAAUUCAGAAUUAUCCUGCACCAAACAUUAGAUUUCCCUAGAUGGAAAAGUUAUCGUAGGCUUUUUUGCAUCAGGAGUGCCAAAAAAAUGUGAAUUCUAGACAUUUAUCUUGUUCUUUGUUAUACUACCAGUAUCAUGGUGGUAAAGGCAGAGAAAACGUUCAAGAAAGUUACAUAUUUGAACAGGAAACCAAUACUCUCUUGAAGUCUAUGCCAUGUGAGUUUUUGAAUAGGAUUCAUUGAUUCGUUCAUCAAACAUUAAAAUUAAGUGCCUGUGUGCCAGGUACUCGUGACCACUGUAGACCCAGGGGGUACUUAAAGCAGAUUGGAAGCCUGCCUUCAUGAUGCUUGUAGUCUAGUAAGGAACCAUAAAUGAAAUUUUAGCUUCAAGAGAAAAAUCUACUUUUGCCUGUUAGCAUGCUUUUAUUUUAAAACUCAUACUAGGAUGAUUUGGUUCAAAUUCAGAGAAGACUGGGAAAAUCAAGCUCAAAAUGGAAUUGGAUGCCAUGAACCUAAAGCUGCUCUAAAUUUUUUUUUUUUAUAAUCCUAAGGGAAUCAGAGAAACCAACAAAAAAUCUUCUAACAUUUAGUAGAAAUACUUGGAGAUCAGGUAUUCAGAAAUCAAUGUGUACUGCUGGGGAGCCAGGGGUAAAUGGGCAGGAUAGAAGUACAAAUAAGGGAUGAAGAUCCUAAAUAUGUGCCAGGGACAGUCAACUUUUCUUUCCAUCAGGACCUCCUUCCACGCAGGGUAGAGAGGGAGUGUGCUGUCGUUGCAUGCCCCCCAUUCCCCCUUGAGUACGACUGCUCUAGAAUACUGUCUGUCCAUCUGGGUCACCAGCACUUAGCAGAGGAUUCUGCAGGAUUUGCUGUUUGAAAGCAUCUGAGUGCAAGAUGUGAAAAUAGGAAUCUAGAGCAGAAAAUGUAGCAAGUGUGGUUCUGGAAAUGGAUGGUGGGCAGAAUUUAUUUACAAGAAGACUCAAACUGUCACAUCUUUCUAUAGUACAGCUCCAUCAAAAGGACAUUCUUUAACCCAUUAUUUAAAAUAUUAUGUAUGUUGUAGUUCCUAAGGCAUACAGGGAGAAUUUCUGGAUCUUCUAGUGGCUUCUGAAGUUUGCAGUUAGAAAAAACACAGGUGUACACUUACGUUUUGGUCAUGGGACUCUAGACCCUGUGGGGGCUGUGAAAGGUGAAAGGCUAUGAAAACUUAUACAGCUCAUAAGUUUUAGGGCACAAUCUUAUGGGAUGAAAUCUACAGAGAAAAUGAUUCAAGGGCGUAGGAGUUAGAGAAUGUUCUUUUACCUAAAAAAGCUAAUAAGCCAACUAUAGAAGACCUGGGGUGGAGGUGUGGAACUCAAAUUAGGAUAGCUUUUACAGAAUUUAUUUCUUUAAAUAUGUACCAUAAAAACAUUUCCAUUAGCUGACUUGGGGAAGGGGCAUGUUGGGAUAUUUUUUCCUGGGAAAAUACAUGUCUGAUGGGAAAUGAUUUUGUUUACCAGGAGUUUUACACACAAUCUUAAAUGAAUGCAUCUGUGGCUUAAAGAAAGUUUGGGCCUCAAUUAAUUUUUGCCAGAGGUGUCAGGUCAGUUUGUUUCCAGAUUCCUUCCAUCUGAGAUAAUCUGAUGGUGACCAGAUUUCUUCUUCCUUCCCUGAAAACCCCGUCUUUUUCUGAGUUUAUGCCACCCAUCGGAGACCUUUCCCUCUGAAUCAUUGUUUUUCCAUUCGCUGUUCUCCUGAUUAUCCUUUUGAAAUAGGUCUGUUGAUACAUCAGAGCAUUUCAACAUACUGACUGCAUUUGCUUUUUUCACUAUGCACCUGCAGUGAAUAUUGAUUUGCUCAUUUUUAUUCAAAAGCUCAUCUUUCGUGGCAAGUUGGGCUAAUGGCCUUUGCGCUCAAGGUUUGUUUACCAGUUCUGUAGCCAUAUUUGGCAAAUCUUAGCAAAUAGAAACCCCUCUUUUCUCCCUUAUUCUUGCAAUCGGUCAUGUAUUGCUUUCCUGACUUACAUGCUCUGAGACUACUGCAUCUUACAGGAAGAGCUAGCCUAAUUGGUAAAGUAGGCUUGCCAAUAGCUCAGUCACUCCCAUAAUGUUUUGGUUUUGAGAGUUGGGAAACUCUGAGAACUUACGGGAACCAAACUCAGGAAUCCCAUGGUUGGUUGCAUUGUGCCAUUGGUUUAGGGGCUGGACACAGGACCCGUCUGCAGCUGAGUGUACUAGGUGCAUUUGGGUUUGAGUUUUUGUCACAUACUGAAAUGUAAGGCAGUCCUGAAUAAUCAAAACACUUUAUUUUUCUUUUUUUAAUAGGAACUUUCUGAAGAAAAAGUGAUGUGUAAAACAUUUGAUAUUUAAGACAAUAAAAGUUUUUAUCAUAA